AUGACAAGAGUGGUCGUCACAGGGAUUGGACUCGUCACUCCGCUAGGCGUCGGCCUCAGGCACACGUGGCAAAAUCUCGUGGCCGGGAAAUCAGGAUUGGUCUCGACCAAGGGCUUUGCGGAUUACGACUCCGCUGGUUGGAGCAAGGUUCCUUCAAAAGUCGUGGGCCAGGUACCGAGGGGCAGUGUCAAGGACGGGAAGUGGGACGUGCUAGAUCAUUUGGAUCCCGGCGAGGCUCGGCGGCUCGCGUUGUUCUCCCAGUAUGCAUUGGUAGCAACACAAGAGGCCGUGGACGAUGCAAAGCUAGAUUUUACGGGUACCGAUUCCAUCGAUAAAACCACCGUCGGCGUGGCUGUUGGCUCGGGCAUCGGCUCCUUUGCGGACGUGUACGACAACUCAGUUGCGUUUGAUUCCGCGGGCUACAAGCGCGUGCAGCCAUUGUUCAUCCCCAAGCUUUUGAACAACAUGGCUGCCGGAAACAUAUCCAUCAAACACGGGCUCAAAGGCCCCCUUCACUCGGUGUCAACUGCGUGUGCGACCGGGCUCAACGCCAUCGGAGACGCGUAUAACUUCCUUCAAAACGACUAUGCCAAUGUCAUGAUCUGCGGAGGCACUGAGGCUUCCUUGCACCCCUUGGCUCUUGCCGGGUUUUCCCGGGCACGGUCGGUGGUCACGGAUUUCGAAGAUGACCCUAUUGCUGCUUCAAGGCCGUUUGACGCGGCCAGGAGCGGUUUCGUGCUAAGCGAGGGAUGCGGAAUUUUGGUUUUGGAAAAACUUGACCAUGCGCUUGCUCGUGGUGUGACUCAAUUCUAUGGCGAAGUCACUGGUUACGGGUUAUGUGGCGAUGCGCACCACAUCACAGCACCCGAGGAAUCAGGCGAAGGUGCGUUCAGGGCAAUGCAAAUGGCAGUCAAGCGCGCAAAGGUAGACCCUCACGAGAUUGGGUAUGUCAACGCACAUGCCACGUCAACAGUGAUUGGCGACCGUGCCGAAAACAACGCCAUCAAUCGGUUGUUCGCGGGCCAUCAGGACUUGUCUGUCUCUUCCACCAAGUCUUCCAUUGGGCAUCUUCUCGGUGCGGCUGGCGCAGUCGAGGCUGCAUUCACUUUGAAAGCAUUGCAGACUGGGAACAUUCCUGCUACGUUGAAUUUGACCGGGAAAGGUGGCCAUAAAGGAGACGAUGCCACGCAGUUCUCGGCCUUUGACUAUGUCCCAGAGCAUAGCCGGCAAAAGACGAUUCUGCAUGCGUUGUGUAACUCGUUUGGAUUUGGGGGCGUGAAUUCUAGUGUUGUGUUUUCGAAAUACUCGUGA